AGCGGGAAAACUAGGGGGUGUCCCGUUCCCGCCCGGCUGUAUGGUGCAGCGGGCAUUUUGAGUUUGGGGCACUGAGGGUAUAUGAUUCCCGCUUCGCCCCUCAGUUCAGUGUGUGAAUUUCUGUUGAGUUUAGCCUGACGUGAGGUCUCUGGGGACGAGAGAGCGAGUUCUCAGCAAGCCUUGAUUCAGGUGGAAGAGGUUAAGUUGUCGAAAGGAAUUGGAGUAGAGAUUUGGGAAUCGUUCGAGGGUGUGGAAUUGUGGAUCUGGUGGGAGAGUUAGGAGUGACUGCCGGGAGGUGUUGUUGUGUCGCUGGUUCUGCGGAAUAGGGUGUAAGUGAGGGAUUUUGUUGUUGGUCAGGAGCUUCGAGCUUUUGCGGAUGAUGUGAUGACAGCAUUGCUCUGCUGCGGCAUGGCCAGGGAGGAUUGCAAGUGAAGGACGCUGGCGCAGCAGAGCUUGAUUGGGAAGUCUUGUGUAUAUUUCUGGGGGCCAAAGCUGGAAAAGUAGGCCGGUAGCAGCUCAUGUGUAGAAUUUUGGGCUCUCAGCCCUCACUAGAGGAGGUGUCGUCUUGAAGGGAGACAGGUUCCCGUCAUGUGCGUUGACUUGUGAGGGUGACGUAGAGCUUCAAGAGAGUAGAAAACCACACUGAACACAUCUCACCUAUGGCGGAGGAGGGGUCGAGGCGUUUGCGUCCGCGCUCGGCGGCUUCUACUACCGCAGGACCUGCACAGCUGGAUCAUGUGAGACUCACGAGGGCAGCGACUAAGCGAUCGGCAGUGGAUGAUGCAAAGAGUACUGUCCUGCAUCCCAGGAAGCGGGUUGUGCAGGCGAACGGAAAACGUGCUCCUCUUAGUGAUAUAUCUAAGCAGGUCAAUGCCGCCGCAUCUGGAUGCACGAUUGUUGAUCUGCCCGAGUCCAAGCGUCAAGAUUUGAAACUGAAGCAAAAUGUCGAAGAAAAUGAAAAUGUUAUUCCGGAAGUUGACGAACAGUUAGGUGCCGGGAAGAGCGAAUCAUGCCUCGAGAAAAUUGAACUUCUAGAGGACUUCCUGAAUUUUCAACCACUGGAUCCCCAAGCUGAUCGGGACUCUCUCUCCGGGACUAAUCCGUCAGGGCUUGUAUCUGUAGAGCAACGAAGUGCGCAAGACCUCGUUUCUUCAAACGAAUCUAAGGGUGCUGUGAAUCAUGUUGACCUAAUCCAUAAUGAAAGCUCUUCGGGAAAGUCAUCAUGGUCGAACGGACUUACAUUCGAAGACUUAGACACGGGCCAUUCUGACCCUCAGAUGUGUAGCGCGUACGCUGCAGAUAUUUAUAUGCAUCUCCGAAUGGCCGAGGUCAAACGUAGGCCGACCACAGACUUCAUGGAAGCUAUGCAGAAAGACAUUAAUCCAAGUAUGAGGGGAAUUCUCAUCGAUUGGCUUGUUGAAGUUGCGGAGGAGUAUAAAUUGGUUCCAGACACUCUUUACUUGACGGUGGCAUACAUCGACCGAUUCCUUUCUUGCAACACAGUCACGAGGCAACGGCUGCAACUGCUGGGUGUAUCGUGCAUGCUCAUUGCCGCUAAAUAUGAGGAGAUAUGUGCACCUCGAGUUGAGGAAUUUUGUUACAUUACGGAUAAUACCUACCAACGCGAAGAGGUUCUAGAGAUGGAGAGGAAAGUUCUGAGUCAGCUGAAGUUCGAGCUGACGACGCCUACAACGAAAAGCUUUCUAAGGCGGUUCAUCCGAGCUGCUCAAGCUAGUUGCAAGGCCUCAACCCUAGUUCUAGAGUUCCUCGGGAAUUACCUUGCGGAGCUCACCCUCACGGAGUACAGCAUGCUAGGGUUUCUUCCAUCUAUGGUAGCCGCAUCUGCAGUGUACAUGGCUAGGCUUACUCUCGAUCCGUCAUCGUGCCCAUGGGAUGCAACUCUGCAACACUACACUGGAUACAAGGCUUCUGCAUUAGAAAAGUGCGUGAGAGAUAUUCAUGAUUUGCAGCGGAAUUCAAAGAACUGCACACUUCCUGCAAUUCGAGAGAAAUACCGACUGCACAAGUUUAAGUGUGUGGCAACAUUGACUCCUCCAUCAGUACUGCCCCCGGAAUUUUUCAAGGACCUUCAACAUUGCUGACCAUUUGUGGCUUCUCGUAUCUGCAAAUCAGUUCAAUCACUAAUGUUCCUGCCUGCUAGAGUUAAAGCGUGUGUAAUCACUGGCGCCAACGACUGCUCUGACUCUGGAGUAACCAAGGACCGUGAACAAAGAUGGUUUUGAGGUUGUGUCGACAGUUAGAGAGAAAUGGUCCAUCAUUGUGCAGAGGCACUGGGACUUGAUUGAAGCGCUUUAGAGAUAUUCCUCACAGGUCUUCUUCAAGGGCCUGUCGCGUACAAACUCCGUAAGGGAUUGUCAUGUGCUGUUCCUGGCGCAAGUCUUCCUCAGGAGUAGGUGUAAAUUCAGAGACACUUCUCUUUAUAAUUUAUUUUGUUAUUAUACAUGUUGGGGGAAAAGAAAAUUUGCAAUUGCACGAUCGAUAAAACGAUAUUGCGCAUGUUAAAAAAAA